AGUCACCAAGAUUCGAAACAAAAUUCAGGACUCAAAUGGUAAAGAAAGGUGAUGACGUAACAUUGACCUGCACAGUCUCUGGCGAUCCUCCUUUAUCUAUAACUUGGACAAGAGAUAAACAGCCAUUGAACCUGGAGACAGAACCGAGAUUCCAAGUGUCUCAGACCACAAGCGGCGACUCAAAGAUGAAAUCUAUAUUACGUGUAACCUCCGUUGGAAGGGUUGAUUCAGCACUUUAUACAUGCCUCGCUUCCAACGAGUAUGGUCAAGAUGAUACAAAUAUUCAGCUCAUCGUACAAGAACAACCGGAUGCUCCCAGAGAAGUGCAAAUCUCGGAAACGGGAAGUCGUCUGGUGAGGUUGUCCUGGGAGCCACCUUUCAGCGGAAAUAGCCUCAUCACACAAUACGUCCUCCAUAUCCGAGAAAAUGGUUCUUCAGCUUCGGUUCCGUCUCGAAAUAUGUCCGUUCCUGGCACAGAGACAUCCGCAGACCUAACAGGACUACGACCUGCCACUGGAUACGACGUUUAUUUAAUUGCCGAGAAUGCUAUUGGAGCCAGUGGACCGGGGCGCACUUUCCACUUCAAAACUGAGGAAGAAGUACCAGAGGGUCCUCCAACUGCUGUUGAUGUAGAAGCUCUCAGUUCUGAUGCUCUUCGCGUAUCGUGGGAGCCUCCAGAAAAACGCAUGCGGAAUGGAAACAUAAAGGGUUACUACGUAGGCUACAAAGAUGCUAAUUCAUCAGAACCUUACCAAUAUAAGACCGUGGAUCUUCCGAUCUCUAAAGAGCUACGAGUCACAACAGAUUUGCGAGGACUCAAUGCAUUUUCUCACUACAGUGUAGUCGUUCAGGCUUUCAACUUGAAAGGUGCAGGUCCAAGAUCUGAUCCGGUAGUAGCUAUGACAAUGGAAGAUGUUCCUAGUAUACCUCCUCAACAAGUUGACUGCAUGGCACUUACAUCACAAACGAUUAAAGUUACAUGGCAACCUCCACCCUCAUCAGCCAUUCACGGUGUGUUGAAAGGAUAUAAAGUCUUCUACAGAUCUGCUGACGAUUGGCAUGAGAUUGAAGAUCAAGAAGUUUUGAUUAAUUUUCCGGAAAAAGAGAUGCUCUUGAAAAGUCUGGACAAAUUUACUAACUACAGCAUUAGUGUCUUAGCUUAUACUGGUCGUGGAGAUGGUGUGAUCAGUGAACCUAUAUAUUGCAGAACUAUGGAGGAUGUUCCUAGCCCUCCUUCUGACAUCAAGGCUUUGCCAAUGUUGCCUGAUGCCAUUCUUCUCAGCUGGCAACCUCCAACUCAACCAAAUGGAAUUUUGCAACAAUACACGUUGUACCAAAGGACUACACAGAACAACAGGCAGGUUACAAAGAAACACACAUUGUCUCCUUCUCAACUUUACUACGAAGCACUGCGCUUGGAGAGAUCGAAGAGAUAUGAAUUUUGGGUGACUUCUUCCACUUCAGCCGGAGAGAGCGAAGGAACAAGAGUUCUAUCACAAACCACUUCUGAUACAAUACCUGCUAGGAUAGCCUCAUUUUCACAGCAAGUUGUAGCACGCAGAAAAUCAUCCGUGCAACUACCCUGUAAAACUGUUGGAAUACCUGCUGCUGAAAGAAUUUGGACGUUUAAGGGCCAAGCUAUUCGUGAUAGACGAAGGACGAAGUUCUUGAACAAUGGAAGCCUUCUGAUCGAAGAUGUGGAGGACGAUGACGCUGGAAACUAUACGUGCAGAGUGCAGAAUGUGUACGGGGCGGAUGAAAUUGCCUUCAUGCUUAUUGUUAGAGUUAAACAUUUGGAUGGAAGAG